AUGUGGUGCUUAAUUCAAUUAGACAGAAAACAAUAACCAUCAACAAUCCAGGCACUUUGCCAGUUGAGUUUGUUUUAGAUGGGAUACAAUAUUGUACCGGAAAGGGUUUUGAAUUUGCCAAGUGGUGCUAAUAUCACUUUGAACAUUCAAUAUUAGACUAAAAAGAACAUGGGUUUUGGACCAACUAAGACUGUAGUGCCAAUUGAAUUGAAGAAGGGUCCAAAGUUUCAUCUUGAAUUAGUGGCCAAUAUCACAAUACCUUAAAUUGUAAUUGAGAAUUCAGCUGAUGGAUAAAUUGAUUUUGGUAAAGUUCUGAUUGGAUAAAAGAAGAUUAUCUUCAUUAAGAUUUACUGUGAAUGGUCUCAAUCCACUAGAUAAGAAUUGACAGCUGAUAAGAAAGAGGAGCCUAGAUUUGUCUUAGUGCCUAAUAGUGGCUGGAGGCUCAUUUCACUCCUUUGGUUGAAAGCUAGAAACUAUUCCUAAAAGUUCACUCUCAAUAUCAAGGAGAAUGCAACACCUUAUAUAUUAAAUCUUAAAGGAACUGGAACAAGCAUCAAUUUAUAAUUACAAUCCUCAAUUGAUAAACAUUGGGCACCAUCUUACCCUAUGAUAAGUUUGCACAUUCUGUAUUGGAAAUCAAGAAUCCUACUGAAUUUGACACUGAAUUAUUCUCAUUAGAUUUUGAUACCCUAUAUUUGUAGGAUGAUGAAAUUGUAAAUAGUUAUCCAUAAUUGGAACACACAGAUUUUAUAUUGA